AUGAUCCCCCGAAAGGAAAUAGCCAAACGGAGGGGGAGGAGGAACCUCUUCCAACUGUACCUGAGCAUGCGAGAGGAGAAAUGCCAAAAGGAAGAAGGACGUCAGGACGAUGCCUAUGGGGAGCAUCCCCACGGGAUUCAUUCAAACCACCAAAGUGGUGUCCACCCAAAUGAGCAACCCCACAUUAUGCAUUUAGAAAAGCAGGUCAAAAUAAAGCUGGAGGAACAAUCUAGCUUACUCUCCAUAAAGGGUAUUGACAGAGUGGAUAUCCAACAGAAAAAAGGAAAACAUUCCAUCAUCUGUAUUCACUACAUAAAAAACAUGUGCAUGAAGAAUCUGUUCUGUAACUAUUUACACCAACUUAUCUAUGCUAAAAUACCAGCCUGUAAAAAUUUCCUAAAAAAUAAUUACUGCGCUGAUAAGGUACGAGGGUCUUGUAUGUUCCGGCACACGCAGGAGAACGUCAACCCUGGAGGGUUCUCAGAAAAUAAAGACGAGCACCUGGACGAUGUAUUGAAACUGUUGUAUGAGAAAAAUAUUUGUGUGAAUUAUUUGCUAGGCUUUUGUAACUUAGGUUACAACUGUAAAAGGGUACACAAAUGUAAAGGUAGGAAAUUUAUUAACCUAAUAAGUAUCCUUCCCAAGUUUUACUUGGAUCACAUUUUAGUGAACCAGCGUUUGUACGCCCACUUGUACACCAAUCAGAGGAAGCUUUCCUCAGAUAUGAGCAAGUUGAAGGACGCCUUAAUUAUUCUUAGUGGGGAGAAGUACCAGGAGAAGGUGCCUCUCUCUACCAAUUCAAGCAGUCUAAAAAACGAUAAGGAUAUAUUCCCAACGGGUGAUACAUUUGCUGGGAAUUUAGACCACCACCAACGUGGAGUCAACAGUGAUACGCACCGCUACAACGGGGGUGGUUCGUCUUUCCAAAAGGACGACCAUAAUGGACCUGACGGGGGUAGAAAUUAUCCCAAUGGUUCAAAUGCGCAAAGCAACGCCAGGUACUAUAAUAACAAAAUUGGAGGGAGCGCAGUUUCUAACUUUGAUGAAUUUCCCCACCCUGGUGAUAACAGCACAAUGGCUAGUCGAGACAACGAAAGGGGAUUCACAAACAACAGGAUGGGUUCCAAUGCAGACAAGAGGAACCAAGACAAUCUGAUGACCAUCCCAAGCAUAUACGACAUAAACAAUAAUAUAGUCCCAAGUGAAAAAAUAAAAAUUUUUAUAAUCAAGUGUAAUCAAAUUUCUCACCUCUACUUAUCCAUUUUGUACGGUGUAUGGGCCACGGGAAAAAAUAACACAAGGAAAUUUACCACCCUCUUUAGGGAAAAUUACACCAUCGUAUUUCUUUUCUCUGUUAAUGAAAGUGGAGGGUUUCAAGGUUAUGCAAAGAUGGUAACUGUACCGAUAAAAAAUUUGUAUGAAAAUUUAUGGGGACCUAUAACGAGUAGAUUGGGGGGGAAUUUUCGUAUCCAGUGGAUAAAGAUUGCCAAAAUUGAUUUUGAUGCUUUUAAGAAUAUGAAGAAUCCAUGUAACGAUAAUUUACCUCUGAAAAAAAGUAGAGAUGGAACUGAGUUGCCCCUAAACUUGGCCUCCAUCAUAUGCAACAGGAUAUAUGCUUUGCCAAGUGAAGACUUCCUAGCAGGCACCAUUUAUGAGUACAAGCGCCGGAUAAACCAUGGAGCCUUUUUUGAGAAUUUACACAAACAGGGUUUGCUCAACAGCAACACCGUUUGGGAUAUGCGUAUAUUUUGCCUCAACCAGCAGUCCGACUGUGAGCGUAUUACCUUCAUCGACGGCACGGAGCAGGCCAUCGGGUAG